CAGCAAAAAUACUUUAUUUAUUUAUGUAUUUUUAAAAAGCUGUAGAGACUUUUAAAGAGUGAGUGAUUCAGUGCGGAUAGAGCAGACGGCGGUGCACACUUUAAUCAAUCAUGAUCCGUCUUCCCAAAGUCUACCAUCGCAUCUCUCUCGUCUCUCUCUCUCCUCCUCCUCUUCUUCUCUCACUAAACCUCACCCGUUCCUCCACCAUCUCCACUCAUCUGCACCUUCGAAUAACUUGCUCUCGGAAUCCCGCUAAUUCCACCGCCAUGAUCGCUUCUAGAUUUCUCAAUCUCGCACCAGUCAGCGCGCUUACUGCAGAAGAUGGAGGCGGAGGCGGAGGCUCCAACGGCUCUGCUUCUUCUUCUACUGCUGUUGCUGCUGCUGCGGCUGCUGCUGAUGCUGCGUCGACUAAGGAUGAAGGAAAUUUGGCACUGGGUGGUCGAUACCGUCUUCCUCCUCCAGAGAUUAAAGAUAUUGUUGAUGCUCCACCCCUUCCUGCAUUAUCAUUUUCACCCCUGAGAGAUAAAAUACUAUUUCUCAAGCGGAGAGCUUUACCUCCAUUGGUGGAGCUAGCAAGACCAGAGGAAAAGCUGGCCGGUAUACGUAUUGAUGGAAAAUGCAAUACAAGAAGUCGGAUGUCAUUCUACACAGGUAUUGGGAUCCAUCAAUUAAUGGAUGAUGAUACACUAGGGCCAGAAAAAGAAGUGCAUGGAUUCCCUAGUGGUGCCAAGCUAAAUUUUGUUAGCUGGUCACAUGAUGGUCAGCAUUUAGCCUUCAGUGUCCGAGUUGAGGAGGAGGACAAUGAUAGUAGCAAGCUAAGAGUUUGGGUCGCUGAUGUUGAAACAGGGGUUGCUGGACCUUUAUUUCAGUCACCUGAUACCUAUCUAAAUGCAGUUUUUGACAAUUUUAUUUGGGUAGAUGAUUCUACACUACUAGUAUGCACCAUCCCUUUAUCUCAAGGGGAACCUCCAAAGAAACCUCUAGUUCCUUCUGGCCCAAAAAUUCAAUCUAAUGAGCAGAAAGAUGUCAUUCAAGUUAGAACUUUCCAGGAUCUUCUGAAGGAUGAAUACGAUGAAGAUUUGUUUGACUACUAUGCUAUGUCACAACUUGUUCUGGCUUCUUUAGAUGGGACAGUGAAGGAAAUUGGCCCACAAGCUGUUUAUACAUCAAUAGACCCCUCCCCUGAUCAGAAGUACCUUAUGAUUAGUUCAAUUCACCGGCCAUACUCAUUUAUUGUACCAUGUGGAAGAUUUCCCAAGAAGGUUGACAUCUGGACAACAGAUGGGAAAUUUGUUAGGGAACUUUGUGAUCUGCCGCUUGCAGAGGACAUUCCUAUUGCAUUCAAUAGUGUGCGUAAGGGGAUGCGCUCAAUUAAUUGGAGAGCUGAUAAGCCGUCAACACUCUAUUGGGUGGAGACACAAGAUGGAGGUGAUGCAAAAUUGGAAGUUUCUCCACGUGAUAUAAUAUACAUGCAACCUGCUGAGCUGCUCGAAGGUGAACAGCCAUCAAUCUUACACAAACUUGAUCUUCGAUAUGGGGGAAUUUCCUGGUGUGAUGAUUCACUGGCUCUAGUUUAUGAAUCUUGGUAUAAAACACGGAGAACAAAAACCUGGGUUAUUUCUCCUGGAUCUGAAGAUGUGAGUCCGCGCAUACUAUUUGAUAGAUCAUCGGAAGACGUAUACUCUGAUCCUGGCUCUCCUAUGUUGAGGAGAACACUUGCUGCUACAUAUGUUGUUGCGAAGAUAAAGAAGGAAAAAGACGAAAGCACAUAUAUUCUACUGAAUGGAAGUGGUGCUACACCAGAAGGGAACAUUCCAUUUCUUGAUUUAUUUGACAUAAAUACAGGCUGCAAAGAACGAAUAUGGGAGAGUGACAAGGAAAAGUAUUAUGAAACUGUUGUUGCUUUGAUGUCUGAUCAGAAUGAAGGGGAUUUAUAUAUUAACCAAUUGAAAAUACUGGCUUCUAAGGAGUCAAAAACUGAAAACACCCAAUAUUAUUUACAAAGAUGGCCAGAUAAGAAGGCAUCCCAAAUUACAAAUUUUCCACAUCCAUACCCUCAACUGUCAUCACUACAGAAAGAGAUGAUCAGGUACCAGAGGAAGGAUGGGGUUCAACUCACCGCGACAUUAUAUUUGCCGCCUGGAUAUGAUUCUUCAAAAGAUGGUUCUCUUCCAUGUCUGGUCUGGUCCUACCCUGGAGAAUUUAAAAGCAAGGAUGCUGCUGGGCAAGUUCGUGGUUCUCCUAAUGAAUUUGCAGGCAUAGGCCCAACAUCAGCACUUCUUUGGCUGGCUAGAAGAUUUGCUAUUUUAUCUGGACCAACCAUUCCUAUUAUCGGAGAGGGUGAUGAAGAGGCAAAUGAUAGGUAUGUAGAACAACUGGUUGCAAGUGCAGAGGCUGCAGUAGAGGAAGUUAUCCGACGUGGAGUGGCUCAUCCAAAGAAAAUUGCUAUUGGGGGUCAUUCCUAUGGGGCAUUCAUGGCUGCAAACCUCUUAGCACAUGCACCUCAUCUUUUCUGUUGUGGAAUUGCUCGCUCUGGAGCUUAUAACAGGACGCUUACCCCUUUUGGUUUCCAGAAUGAAGACAGAACAUUGUGGGAAGCUACUUCUACUUAUGUAGACAUGAGUCCUUUCAUGUCGGCUAACAAAAUUAGCAAGCCUAUCUUGCUUAUUCAUGGGGAAGAGGACAAUAAUCCAGGAACUUUAACAAUGCAGUCAGAUCGUUUCUUUAAUGCUCUGAAAGGUCAUGGUGCUCUUUGCCGUCUGGUGAUUCUUCCUUUCGAGAGCCAUGGUUAUUCUGCCCGAGAGAGCAUCAUGCAUGUCCUUUGGGAAACUGACAGGUGGCUGCAGAAGUACUGCCUGUCAAAUACCUUGGAGGUAGAUGCAAAUCUUGAUGUACGCAAAGAUGAUGCAAGCAAAGGACUUGCAGACUCUGAAAACAAAGUAGUUACUGCCAGUGGGGGAGGCAGCUCAGAACUGGCUGAUCUCGAGCUCAACGAACUUCAGUCUACACCACGGUCAUUAUUGUGAUGUUCUUAUGCAGAUCCCAGUCAGAACCAUUUCUGAAAGGUGUGGGAGCCAGAGCAUAAGCCCAAGGAAGAUAGUCAUUAGAGCAAUAACAUCAGUUUAGUAAUGUACAUCAUUUGCCUUCAUCCCAUUACCCAAUUUGACGUCCAUUUCCAAUACAUGCAGGCAGUUAUGUGUAACAUGUAAAAAAACAUAUUCAUGGUAAGGGGUGAUGAGGUUUGAAUCCAAAAGGUAAGUUCUGGAUUAAAACAUUUUUUUUCCUUGGAGGAUUGUUUCAUAUUUAGAUCAGCUUCAAUGGAUUGGAUAAAAAGAAAACUACGGUUAUGUUUGGUUUGUGGAA